UACUACAGAAAAGAUCAAAAAAUGCCAACAAGGUCCAUGACGGUAAACACAAAAUCAAAGAGGAAGACAGCCUCUAGAUCACACUCCCUUGAAAUCUCUGUAUCCCUUGAAAACCCACGAUGAAGGAGAGUAAUCUUCAAGUCAAAACAGCAGCUUCAUAUUGAAAGUAAGCACAGACUGCACAGUAUUCCUCGAGCAAUGGAAAUCCUUGGUGGAAACCCCCAUCAGAUUGAGUUGAGUUGAAGCGAAAUUGAGCCCCAUCUGACACAGAGUAGAAGAAGCCAUCACCAUUGUCGAUCGAAGCCAAAUUCACCAAGCUGGGUAGAUCAAGCCUAGGGUAUAGAACUCCCAAUCUCUCACCCCCAUCCCAAUUAUAGGCUCAGGACCUCUCAAUUUGACUCAGACCUCCUUCUGGUCUUCCCCGACUGCGCCACCGAGCACCACAAAUGAGUCCUCCAAAAUCAAUAGAAUUCCGCCGGCGGUGGCCGACGACUGCAGUGGUGGCGGCAGUAGUGUUAACAGCGAUGGCGAAUUCGGCGGCAGCCAACCCACAAACCAAUCUUCUAAACAAGGGGUGCAGCCUGUACAACGCGACCAACCUCUCCAACUUCUACAGUAACGUAAACAACACAUUUUCCGACCUCCGGAGCCAGCUGCAAGAGGCGAACACGAAGUUCGCCACCGCGGAGCAGGCCAUAGGGUCGGACCCGGUCUACGCCAUGGCUCAGUGCCGGGACUAUCUCUCUACGGCAGACUGCGUUGCGUGCUUUGAUACGGCGGCGGUUCAGAUACGUAACUGCACCGGGGCCAACGGCGCCAGGGUUAUUUAUGAUGGGUGCUUCCUCAGAUAUGAAAGCAGCACUUUAUACGACCAGACCACUCUCCCUGGCAAUGUGGGCAUAUGCGGAAACGAUACCGCAUCUCAACCCACGGCUUUCCAGACAGCCGCGCAAGGACUGCUAACCGACCUCGAAACGGCAACACCGAGGAUUAAUGGCUACUUCGCUGCAGCAAUGAGGGCGGUGGCCGGUGGUGGCACCGUCUACGCAGUGGCACAGUGUGCUCAAACUGUGAGUCGGAGUGGUUGCCUAGGUUGCUUGCAGGUGGCGUAUGGGAAUAUACAGAGUUGUCCUCCUGAUGCAGAUGGGAGGGCUGUUGAUGCCGGGUGUUUCCUUCGGUACUCGGCCGCUGCCUUCUUUGGUGCUAAUCAGACCACUAACAUCACCCCUUUCCUUAGAGGAGGUUCAAGGAACAAGAAUGCCAUAAUCGGAGGGAUUGUUGGAGGUGGAGGAUGCCUUUUGCUUAUAAUUGGACUGAUUUUAUGGUAUCACUAUCACCAAUCAAGAUAUGCAGCUCCAAGAGCAAGUAAAACCAUAGGGGCAAGCGAGCUGCAGGGACCCAAGAAUUUCAGCUACAGAGAUUUGAAAUCUGCCACGAAAAAUUUCAAUAAAGAAAACAAACUAGGAGAAGGAGGUUUUGGUGAUAUAUAUAAGGGCACUCUGAAGAAUGGAAAUAUAGUUGCAGUCAAGAAACUAGUUAUGGGAACCAGUAGAGUAAAGGCGGAUUUUGUGACUGAAGUGAAGCUAAUCAGUAAUGUUCAUCACCGGAAUCUCCUCCGGCUACUAGGUUGUAGCAGCAAAGGGCCUGAACUGCUACUUGUCUAUGAUUAUAUGGGAAAUGGAAGCCUUGACAAGUACUUGUAUGGUGAAUUGCGCGGGACCUUGAACUGGAAACAACGAUUUGACAUAAUAUUUGGCACAGCCAGGGGUCUUUCCUAUCUACAUGACCAAUUCCAUGUCACUAUCAUACAUAGAGACAUAAAGUCCAGCAAUAUUCUACUGGAUGAUGAGUUCCAGCCUAAAAUUGCUGAUUUUGGGUUGGCAAGGCUUCUACCUGAUGGUCAGAGCCAUCUCAGCACCAAUUUUGCUGGAACACUGGGAUACACAGCGCCAGAAUAUGCAAUCCAUGGACAAUUGACUGAGAAGGUUGAUACCUACUGCUUUGGUGUAGUUGUCCUCGAAAUCAUAAGUGGUCGAAGGUGUAAUGACUUCAACGCGGUUGAAGCCAAACCAGUUACUGAUUUUCUUCUUGAACAAGCAUGGAAACUGUAUGACGAUGGCAUGCACUUGAAGCUGGUGGACGAGAUCUUACGAGGCUCAAACGGAUACACAGACAAAGCUGCGAAGAAAAUCAUAGAGAUUGCCUUGAUGUGCACUCAGAUGCCGGCUUCUUCACGUCCCACCAUGUCUGAAGUCGUUAUGCUUCUAAGCAAUCGCCCAACGGAUCUCAUGCGGCCAGCAAGGCGUGAUUUCAUGGACAACGAUAAUAGGGUUCCCGAUGACACAUCUACUACUACCGGCUCAUCAACUUCCAAUGCCGCUGCUUCUUUCACAGAGAACAACGGUCGCUAAGGUUUGAGUUGAAAUUUAACCUGAUAUCAGGUCAUUACUUGCGUGUGCUACAUGUUUAUGGAAUCAGUACAUCUGCAUUCAGUGACAACUGAUAUCAUUGCUGUAUUUACUUUGCUGUGCAACUAUUUUUUGAUAUCAUUGCUUGUUGAUUCAUCAAUUUGCUUCAAGUUAUUAAUGUAAAAUAUGAGCUUGUUUGAUAAA